AUGGGUUUUAAGUAUUUGUUUGAAUAAUACGAGUAGAAGCUUUUAUAGUAUAAGUAUAGUGGAGUAGACCACUCCUUGCUUUAUAAUUAUAUUAUGUCCCCAAUUGCAAAUGUCUGCCUUAACUAUGUACCAGAAAGUUUAGCACCUAAUGUCAUUACAUUACUUGGACUAUUAUUCGUUUUGAUUCCUCACUUUAUACUCUGGGCAGUUUAUCCUAUUUGGGAAUUAUCAGCAGAUGUUCAUCCAGCUAUGCUAUUAUUUUUAGGCAUAACUCAUAUAAUUUAUAUGAAUUUCGAUAAUUUGGAUGGAAAGUAGGCAAGAAAAACUGGAAAUUCGAGUCCUUUAGGAUUACUUUUUGAUCAUGGAUGUGAUAGUUUAAUUGUUUUUAUUUAGGGAAUAUCUUUAGCAACCUGCUUGAAAUUCGGAAACAAUUUAGGAGCAUUUUUUGUUAUCUAUUUAGGAGCUUUUACCUUCUUUACAACAACUAUCGAAGAAUAUUACACUCAUAUAAUGUAUUUACCACCAAUUAAUGGAGCAGCUGAGGGAUGUUUUGGAAUAAGUGUGAUUUAUUUCAUCACUGCAGGCUUAGGAAGCAGCUUUUGGGACUAGGAAUCUUUUGGAAUUGUCAAUAGAUAUAUUCUUCUUGGAGGUUUUUGUCUUGCUGGCUUAGCUAACUUAAUAGGAAUCAUUUAGAGAAUUUAUGUUUAAAAGCCUGAAUAAAUGAUUAAUGCUUGUAGAAAUAUGUUAUUCUUCUUGUUUAUUACUUUCGUAUCGAUAUAUGCUAUUAUAGUUAGCGAAACAAACAAAUAUUAUAUGAGACUAGUGAUUUAUAUCUUUGGAUUUAACUUUGCAAAAUUAGUGUCUAUUUUGUAGAUCAGCCAUGUUUCUGAUUCUCCAUUUAUAUAAUUCAGAAGAUCAAACUUCAUUAUAUUAUCUAUUCUAUUUGUGAAUACUUUUAUUUCACAAAUAAGCGAUUCUGGUGCUAUUUUAGAUGAAGAAUUAGUCCUUUGGGCUGUUUUAAUUGCUACAUUAGUAGCUUACGGACAUUUAGUUGUUUCUGCUAUUAAUCAAUUUUGUGAAGUUCUCAAAAUUAGAGCAUUCAGAGUAAAAUAAAGAGACAUGGUUUCAUUGUAGGAAGAUACACUUUGA